AAACUUUCAGAAACAGCACAUUUUAUUUUUCAACUUUUUGGGAUUUAUUCUCUGUUCUAUCUCCAAAUAUAGAUGAAAAUAGAUUCUAGUACUUCUAAAUUUAGAAGCCACAUAUGUAACGGUCUAAUUGCCAGUUAAUGCACAUUAUAUAUCGGUCUUACGCGUAAGCACCAAGACUCGACGAAAUCAAGAACUAAGAAAACAUUGCGAUCAUUUGAUCGAAAUGGGAAGAGACCUCGGCUGGUGCUUCUUCGUGGCGACGGUUUUGUUAGCAGCGGUGUUGUUACCCGCACCAACCAUAGCGGGUCGACUAGAGCUAAAGAAUGAAAUCUCGGGGGUCGCUAGUGUCCGUAAAGCGAAGCUAGCCGUGCGGUGCUGGUCAAACGAGGAUGACCUCGGGUGGAAUAUGCUAAAGCCGAAGCAAUCGCGGAUAUGGAAGUUCACGACAAUGAACAUGUGGCCCUUUCAGAAAACCGAGUUCCGUUGCCAGUUUCGUAGCGGGUUUGGAACCACGAACGAAGACGUGGUGACAGUGUUUUCUGUCAAGGACGGGUUUCGAAAGCAAUGCGGGGUGGGAGGGGACGAGUGCUUUUGGGUAGCGAAGAGAGAUGGGUUCUAUCUAAGAAGGAUUGUAAAAGAUGGAGGAGGGGAUAGUCGCAAGAAAUAUGUUGAUGUUCUCAAAAGCAAAUGGGUUUGGAAAUGGUGAAAUCUUCAAUUUAAUUCUUUUUAUCCAACAAUCUUUAAUUUUAUUUUUUUUGUCAAUAACAUGCAAUUUAUGAGUCUUCGUUACAACCACUGAUAUACUUAUUCAUUAUCUUCACCCCUUUGUAUUAGACUCACACGACGCAUCCUUGAAUAUUCAUGGGGUUAUAAAUACACAAAAGUAUAAAAAGUAUGUAGUAAUAUUAUUAUUUCAAAUCAC